AUGGAUCCAUUUUCCUCCAUUCUGAGCUGAUUAAAUCAGGGAGCUGUCAGUUUGCUUCCUCUCCAACCCCUGAAUUUCCCCUUGCAUUUGGGCAAGGAGAGUUUGAGUUCCUCACCUUAACCUUGGGCCUUUAGGCUUUUUAGGCAAUUUUUUAGGCCUCUGAUAAUCCUCCCAUGAUAAUUUCAACUCUGCAAAGCUUUUCAGUCCAGACUAUGGAAUCAGCUCUUUGUGGGCAGCCACUUUAUCCCCUUGAAGUAGGCAGGAUGAUUUAUUCUUACAGGACAUGGAGACAAAGUGACAUUUCCCCAUCUCCUGCUAUGUAAACACACAAUUGCCAUCACACAGCACCCGGCCGCAGAGCGCUGAUCCAGCAGCUUUGCAAGAGCAGCUGCUGCUCAGCUUUCCCCAGGAGCUGCCUUCUUGACUGAGGGGGAAAGCACAAGGAAACAGCCCUAGAAUCGAGGAACUGUUUGGGUUGGAAAAGCCCUCUACGGUCGUCCAGUCCAGCCAUCAACCCAGCACCACCACAGCCACUAGCCCAUGUGCCAGAGUGCCACGGCCACAGGUUUCCCCUCAGCCAAAGCCCUUCGAAGGAGCUGUGUCUGAUUUGCUGGGUGGCAGCUCGGGGAGCUGCUGCGGAGUAACCAGAGAGCUCUUGUGGUUUAGUAUUUUGGUGGUGGAAGGGAAGCAGUGCAAGGCUGAAGGAAUAAACAAAUCUCUUUACAAGAUGUUCUGAACUGAUUGGAGUGCAAAGGCCAAAGUAAUACAGGUGCAACAAAGACAGCAGCUGAAAGGGAGCUGAGGUCCGAAGCAGAGCCCAGACCACCUUUGGUGCUGGAAGAAGGCAGAGUCCAGAGGUGCUUCACUCAGACCUGAAAAGCCAGAGGCUGCUCUGUCCAGAGACCCUGAGCCACCUAAGUUUAGAUCAAAGCCUGAUGCAUGAGAAGCAGCUUUGAAGAGAUCAGGAGGUCGAGGACAAGAUUCAGCUGCAAUUUGCAUUUGGAUUUUAGGUUACUAAACGAAGCCACCUACAGCUUGAGGAACCGUGGUGGGGAAACAGAGGUGCAGGGAAGGGGCCGGGCACCAGGGGCCAGGACAUUCCUAUGGAAGUGCUUGGCUGCUAACAGGAUUUGCAGGCAUCUCCCUGCUGCCGUGGAGCUUCCUCUUCCACAUAAUUUCAUUACACGUUGCCUGCUUUUCCCGGGCGGCCUCAGCAUCCCCCAAACCCAGGGAUUCAGCAGAGGGAAAGCGAAGCCUUUGCAUGUCAAAGAGUCUCGUCGCAACAGCAGAGAGGAUCAGCAGCUCCACGUUUCAAGGGUGGUAACUCUGGGAAAGAGCAGAGCUGGAGAUGAGCUUGUAAAAGGCAUCAGGCUGGAGAGGGCAGAGGAAGUGAGCUCCAGCUGUGGGGCAGAGCCACCAAAGCCCACUCCCGAUGGCCCAUACAGCAUUUACUUGCCCUUGCUUGUGUAUCACAGGCGUUUAGCAGCCUGCUUUGCCCCACUGCUUUUGCCACUUCACCCUUUGUGUGCCUUGCGCACACGAUGCACUUUCACUCUUGCUUCAUCCAGUAACGCAAGUGCUUAAGAGCAGACCCCAAAGGCCUCUCCACUUUUAGCUGACUGCAACGGGAAGGACUCUCGGCCUGGGAACGGGAAUGAGACCUCAGGCUGCCUGGAAGCGAAGGGCAGAGGAGCGCGUCCACAGCCCGGCAGAAGGAGAACCUUCUGCAUUCCAAACACAAGCUGAAGGCAGGUCUGCGAGGCAGGCCGGCGGAGUCCUCACCCGGGCAAAGCUGAGAGCUUCGCUUCUGCCACCCGGAGCGGGAGCUCUGCGGGACCUCGAGCAAGGAGCUCUGCGCUGGGGGAGGACCUGGCUGCCAGGGCAGCCUCCGGGCAGCGCCCUGGCAGCACCGCUGUGCCCAUGCGAGCCGCGGAGCGCAGCAGGCCGCGGGCAGCGGCAGGCUGAGCCGGGCCGGGCCGGGCGCGGCGGCAGGCAGAGGGCAGCAAAGGAGCUUUGUACUUUUGUGCUCGCCUCCGGUUUUGGUUUUUUUUUUUUUUUUUUUUUUUGUUCUCAGCUCUUUGCAGUUGGAGCUUUCCAGCCCGAUCGUGCUAAACGCUUAUGUACCAGUGUUUCCAUUUACAAACUCGGCCUCCCCUCCCCCCGGGCCGCUCGGCCCCGCUCUCGCAUUCACUCGCCGCUGCCGCUGCCGCCAGCCCUCUCCCGCCGGCCCACGGGGCCCGGGGCGGGGAGCGGAGCGCAUUGCAUCGCCUCCCCCAUGCCAAGGACACACAGCGGGGGCGAUUUCGUAGGGUCUUUGUCGUGUCUCUCCCCACACCCCCAGGCUGCUUCUCCUGCCUGCCAAGGCCGGCAUGACGGCCUUUUGGUCCCCGAGUACCCCCGUCAUGUUCUCCCACCCCUCAGCCUCGGGGGCACGGCAGGGCGAUCCCGGGGCUGGGAAGCAGAGGGGCGAGUGCCCAUCCUCAUCCCCCCUGGCGGCUACGAGGGAGUUUAUUCCUCACUUCUCUGCGCUCAUCUGCACAGGAAGAGGGGGGUCGUGGGGUGUGGGUUUGAGGCUGUUCAGCGGCCUCGGGGAGCGCCCGGGCUGCGUGUGCUCGGGGUGCAGGGGCUGUGCCGUUGGGGGCUGUGCCGUGCAGCUCCCCCGCGCCGCCCGCUCCCGGCCUGGGACUCUUUCUCUCUCUCGGCCCCCCCUAAGCGGGAGUUUCCAGGAAGCGCUGCGAACAGCCGCAGCACCGCCCAGCCGCUCGCACAGCGAGCUCCUUCCGCCGAGACCGUGGCUGGAACACCAAGUAGUCCCAACCGCUUCUCCUCUCUCAUCCAGCAGUAGGCUCCGUCCAGCUCCCCCUUAGUGGGACGCCGUUAACAGAAACGGGGAGAGAAACCUUUCCUCCUCCCGCCCUCACCCCGCGCCCCUGGCCCGGAUAAGACAGGAGGAAGCGAGGGGGGAGGGGAGAUGAAAAAACCCGAGCGCCGGCUCCGGCGGAGGGAUCCGGAGGCGCGGAGGAGUGAGGAGGCGCGGGAGCUGUGCGCGAGGGAGGGGUGAGCGGGAAAACGCGGAGCGGAGCCGGAACCGCGGCCCCUCCCCCGCCCCGGGGGCUCUGAGGGGCGGCCGGCAGCGAGCCCGCGGCCCCCGCCCGCCCCCGCGCCGGCAGGGGAGCAAAGUUCGGGGAAACUUUCCCCGCUGGGUGAGGGUCUGGGGUCGUGCCUCAGCUCCCUCCCCGCCGCGGUGUCUUCCUGGCAGGCCUCUGGAGGUGCCCAGUGGUGAGCUGCUUUCAUUAAAAUACUCCAAAAGAAUGUCCUGAAGACGAAAUUUGGUGAUCCAGCCGUGGCUCCCUCCCCUCUUCCAGCCCCCCGCGUCGGACCCGGGCAGAGCCAGGUUGCCCAGCAGCAGACUCCUAACUCUCUCCUGCUGAACUUGUCGGGAACAAAAGGCUCCGUUCCAGAUCCAGCCCGCAGUUGCCGUGAGAAACUUCCUUGCAAAAAGCGCUGUCUGUCGCUCUGCUCAGCGCAGCUCAGCUCAGCUCUGCUCUGCCUCCCUCCCUGCCUGGGUAAAAUGGCAGUGCAGGAUCUCUAUGAAAAGCCUGCCCCCCCCCUGCUUUACCAGCGCUGCCUCUCCCCAGCACCCCCCUGCCCCAGUCGUGAUGCCUCAACUCCAACUUCUCUAAAAAUACACUUUAGGAGGGCACAAUAUCAUGUUUUAGAUGUGUAAUUGUUGUCUUCCUUUUUCUUUCCCCUUACACUCCAUCGAAAAGAGCAGCUGAGGGUGGGAGAGGCGCAGAGGGCCAGCCCUAGCAGCUGGGGGUUUUUCUCUCGUUGCAGGCAAAGCUGCUGCUGUUUCCCCCCCCUCCCUUGCACAGGCAUCACCAGUUCCCAAGUCCUUGAAACAGAAAGAAUAGUUUUGCUUCAGUGGGAAAAUCCAGGCCCAGAGUUGAGGGAUUUCUCUUUGCGCAGCUUUCAAAGGCUUUGCUUUAACUCUUCCGAGCGGGGGUUGCAGUUGAAGGAGGUUGCUCUGCGAGCCCACCCAACAGCUCGCAGCUCUGGGGGGAUCCGGGAGGAAAUGAGACGGCUGGCUCCCGAUCCGGGCUGGCUCCCGAUCCAGUGCAGGGGUUUUUACAAGCUCCGCUCCGCGUUUUCUUUGAACCCCCCCCCCCCCGCUUUUUUUUUCCUCCUGCUCUAAGUAGAUUUACUCUUCUUCCUCCAAGCGCUCAGCAGCACCGAGCUGGUGACCGAGGGCUGCUGCGGCGCUCGGUGUGCAUCAAAUCAACGCGGUGUGCCCCUUCCCAGCACGUUAUCCUUGGCAGCUGUCCCCUUUGCCGACAUCACUCAGUUUUGUCUGGAUUGAUGCUACUCCAGCUCCAGCUUUACUGGCGCUGAGAGCAGCUCUCCUCCACGAGUCCCGAAUGAUCACACAUGUGCCCCCCCCCCAACUUACUCCUGCUCCACUUUGACCACGCUGGAAAUGAAGGGUGGGGAAGGUGAAGAAAAGGGCCGCAGGGCAGUGACCCUCCCUGGGGCAGUGAAUCCCAGUGGCCCCGACCCCGUUACCCACCCUCGGGGAUGGCUCUGGAUGCAGGGGGGAUGCGCAGGAGCUCGCGCUGCGCGUCCUUCCCCUCCGUAAAUCCGCUUCGCUUUU